AAGAGAGCCUGUUCUCAGCGCUUAUCACACUCAGAGCAGUGCAGAGAGACAGUCGGAGUAACAGCGCUCACACACUCACUCAAUCAGCCGCAUUCUGUCCGAGCAAAGCCCGAGCCGCCCGAGCCUCAAGCAUGGUCUCUAUAAUCUCAGACCUGGACCCUCUCAAGAGCUGGAACGUGUUAAGGCAGGACGCAAGUGAUCUGACUGGAACUAUACAGAGUAACGGUACAGCUGGGAAGAUGAACGGCGCCCUGGAGCACUCGGACCAGCCUGAUCCGGACGCCAUUAAGAUGUUUGUGGGUCAGAUCCCUCGCUCCUGGUCCGAGAAAGAGUUAAAGGAGCUUUUUGAGCCGUACGGUGCCGUCUACCAGAUCAACAUACUGCGAGAUCGUAGUCAGAACCCACCACAGAGCAAAGGGUGCUGUUUUGUCACAUUCUACACACGGAAAGCUGCCCUGGAGGCCCAGAAUGCACUGCACAACAUAAAGACCUUAACUGGGAUGCACCAUCCCAUACAGAUGAAGCCCGCAGACAGUGAGAAAUCAAAUGCGGUGGAGGAUAGAAAGCUGUUCAUCGGCAUGGUGUCGAAGAAAUGCAACGAGAAUGACAUCCGGGUCAUGUUCUCUCCUUUCGGACAGAUCGAGGAGUGUCGCAUCUUGAGGGGACCAGACGGACUCAGCCGAGGAUGUGCAUUUGUCACAUUUUCUACCAGGGCUAUGGCACAGAAUGCAAUCAAAGCCAUGCAUCAGUCUCAAACCAUGGAGGGAUGCUCCUCCCCCAUGGUGGUGAAGUUUGCCGACACACAGAAGGAUAAGGAACAGCGGCGGCUGCAGCAGCAGUUGGCGCAGCAGAUGCAGCAGUUGAACAGUGCGUCUGCCUGGGGCAGCCUGACCGGCCUGACUGGCCUCACCCCGCAGUAUCUGGCAGUAAGAGGACACACCCACGCAGCCACGCCCACCAGCAGCACAGCCAGCGCAGCCGCCGCAUUGCUCCAACAAGCGACCUCCUCCAGUAACCUAGGAGCGUUCAGUGGUAUUCAACAAAUGGCAGGUAUGAAUGCUCUGCAGUUGCAGAAUCUGGCCACUCUAGCAGCAGCAGCGGCUGCAGCACAGAGCUCAGCCAGCCCGUCCACCGCUAGCGCCCUGACCUCCAGCACAGGGUCCCUGGGAGCCCUGGCCAGCCCAGCAGGUUCCACAGCUAACUCCACCAUGGGUGCGAUGGGUUCCCUGGGUUCUCUGGGGACACUGCAGGGUCUGGCCGGGGCCACCGUGGGCCUCAAUAACAUAAAUGCACUAGCAGUUGCUCACAUGCUCUCAGGUAUGGCAGCUCUGAAUGGCGGGCUGGGCAGCACGGGCCUGAGUAACGGGUCGGCCGGACCCAUGGAUGCUCUCACACAGGCCUACUCAGGGAUCCAACAGUACGCGGCUGCCGCCCUGCCCACCCUCUACAGCCAGUCCCUACUGCAGCAACAGAGCGCUGCGGGCAGCCAGAAAGAGGGACCUGAAGGAGCCAACCUGUUCAUCUACCACCUGCCACAGGAGUUUGGGGACCAGGACAUCCUACAGAUGUUCAUGCCUUUCGGAAACGUGGUGUCUGCCAAAGUCUUUAUCGACAAACAGACCAAUCUGAGCAAGUGCUUCGGUUUCGUCAGUUAUGACAAUCCUGUGUCAGCGCCACCAGAGGGAGCCACUCUCCCAUAA